AACUAUAAUAAAUUUAUUUACUUUUUUAUAGGAAAGAAAAUGGCUUCUGAAAAUUUUGCAAUGGAAAUUUUUCUCUUCUCUCAGAUUACAGUGGGCAUGAUUGGAAAUUCUUCAAUACUACUUUAUUAUAUCAUUUCAAUAUCUACUAGAAAGCUUUUAAGACCCAAAGACCAGAUUAUAGAGCACUUGGCUUUUGCCAACUGCUUGUAUAUCAUCUCAAAAGGCAUUCCACAGACACUGUCACAUUAUGGAUUUAAAGAUUUCCUGGAUGAUAUUGGAUGUAAGUUAAUCAACUAUAUUUACCGAAUAACAAGGGGACUGUCCCUGUAUGCUAUGUGCCUACUGAGUUGCUUCCAAGCAAUCACAAUCAGCCCCAGCAACUCCAGGUGGAUAAUGCUUAAUCACAGAGCCACCAAGAAUGUUGGUCCCUCCUGCUCAGUAGGCUGGCUUGUGCAACUCUUUCUAAACAUCAUGACUCCAGUAAGAUUAUCAAGCCCCAGGUACAACAAAAAUGUGACUAACUGGAAGAUUUAUGAAUACUGUUCAUGGUUUAGUUCUGGAAAUGUGGAAACUGCACUGUGUAUAGUCUUACUGUGCUUCUCAGAUGGACUGUGUCUGGGUCUCAUGGCCUGCUCAAGUGUCUCCAUGGUAAGCGUCCUCUAUAGACAUAAGAAACAAGUCAAGCAUAUCCAUAGUUCUCAGUACUUUCUAAAUGCCUCACCUGAAAACAGAGCUACCCAAUCUAUCCUCAUCCUGGUAUUCACUUUCAUCAUCUCUUACUCAUUCUCCUCCAUUACGGUCAUCUUUAUGGCAUUUUCCAAAUAUCCAGUGCUACUGCGAAUAUGUGUAAUAUUUCUUGAAUCAUGCUUUCCUAUAGUUUGCCCCUUUGUACUCAUGAGCAAUAUUAUACCUAGUUGUAGACUGAUUUUGUCCUGCUUUUGUAAAAGAUAG